GGUGAUAGCACUUCUGGUUUUAACCACAGCACACGCUCUGUUCUGUUGUCUCUCAUCAAUCAAUGCCCUGGUGAUAGUGCUAGUGGUGCUACCAUCUCUAUCCUACGUGUGUGUGUGUGUCAGUGUGUGUAUAUAUAGAUAUAUAUGUUCACAGCGCCGAUACAUUAUAUAUGUAGUGUAAACCCCAAAACACACUCCGACCGCUUCAUUUCGCUUCCUUCAUUUAUUUUGCUUUUCCGGCGAGGCUCGCGAAGUACUCCGCCGUAUAUCCUGCCAUGGGGUCGACAAUCCUGUCAGAUCUCGCCACAGAGAUUGUGAUUCCGGUAUGCGCCGUCAUCGGCAUCGCGUUCUCUCUCUUCCAGUGGCUCCUCGUCUCGCGGGUGAAGCUUUCUCCGGAAAAGUACUCCUCGUCUAACAACGGCAAGAACGGCCACACCGAGUCGUUGAUUGAGGAGGAGGAGGGUCUAAACGACCACAACGUUGUUCAAAAAUGCGCCGAAAUUCAAAGCGCUAUCUCUGAAGGUGCAACCUCCUUCCUUUUUACUGAAUAUCAGUAUGUUGGUGUUUUCAUGGUUGCUUUUGCCAUUUUGAUCUUCCUUUUCCUCGGCUCUGUGGAGGGAUUCAGUACAAAAAGCCAGCCUUGUAUGUAUGACAUCAGCAAGAUGUGCAAGCCUGCUCUUGCCACUGCUGUCUUCAGCACCAUAUCUUUCUUGCUUGGUGCUGUCACUUCAGUGGUUUCUGGUUUUCUUGGAAUGAAAAUUGCUACCUAUGCAAAUGCCAGAACUACCUUGGAGGCAAGAAAGGGUGUUGGUAAGGCUUUCAUCACUGCAUUUAGAUCUGGUGCAGUCAUGGGUUUCCUCCUUGCUGCAAAUGGUCUUUUGGUUCUGUACAUUGCCAUCAACCUCUUCAAGCUGUACUAUGGGGAUGACUGGGAAGGCCUUUUUGAAGCUAUAACUGGCUAUGGCCUUGGUGGAUCUUCCAUGGCCCUCUUUGGCAGAGUCGGUGGAGGUAUUUAUACAAAAGCUGCUGACGUAGGAGCUGAUCUUGUGGGCAAGGUUGAGAGGAACAUCCCUGAGGAUGACCCCCGAAACCCUGCGGUGAUAGCUGACAAUGUUGGUGACAAUGUUGGGGAUAUUGCUGGGAUGGGCUCUGAUCUUUUUGGCUCGUAUGCAGAAUCAUCCUGUGCUGCACUUCUUGUUGCUUCCAUCUCCUCUUUCGGGAUCAAUCAUGACUUCACUGCAAUGUGUUACCCUCUCCUCAUCAGUUCCGUUGGCAUCAUUGUUUGUUUGCUCACCACCUUAUUUGCCACUGAUUUAUUUGAAAUCAAGGCUGUAAAGGAAAUUGAGCCAGCUUUGAAGAAGCAACUCAUCAUCUCCACUGUAUUGAUGACUUUUGGUAUCGCACUUGUUAGUUGGAUUGCACUUCCAUCUUCGUUCACCAUCUUCAAUUUUGGAAUCCAGAAAGAAGUUAAGAACUGGCAACUGUUCUUAUGUGUUUGUGUUGGUUUGUGGGCUGGGCUUAUUAUUGGAUUUGUAACAGAAUAUUACACCAGUAAUGCAUACAGCCCCGUGCAAGAUGUUGCUGAUUCCUGCCGUACUGGAGCUGCUACAAAUGUUAUUUUUGGCCUUGCACUGGGAUAUAAAUCAGUCAUUAUUCCUAUUUUUGCCAUUGCAAUCAGCAUUUUUGUUAGUUUUAGCUUUGCUGCUAUGUAUGGAAUUGCGGUAGCUGCCCUUGGUAUGUUAAGCACCAUUGCUACUGGAUUGGCCAUUGAUGCAUAUGGUCCUAUCUGUGACAAUGCUGGAGGUAUUGCCGAGAUGGCUGGCAUGAGCCACAGGAUCCGAGAGAGAACUGAUGCCCUUGAUGCUGCGGGGAACACAACAGCAGCAAUUGGAAAGGGGUUUGCAAUUGGGUCUGCAGCUCUCGUCUCCCUUGCACUCUUUGGGGCCUUUGUAAGCCGGGCAGGAAUUUCGACUGUAGAUGUCUUGACACCAACAGUUUUCAUUGGUUUGCUCGUUGGUGCAAUGCUUCCUUACUGGUUCUCUGCCAUGACAAUGAAGAGUGUGGGAAGUGCGGCUCUUAAGAUGGUUGAGGAGGUUCGCAGGCAAUUCAACACCAUCCCUGGCCUCAUGGAAGGCACUGCCAAGCCUGACUAUGCCACAUGUGUCGAAAUCUCCACGGAUGCAUCUAUCAAAGAGAUGAUUCCUCCUGGUGCUCUUGUCAUGCUCACGCCCCUCAUUGUUGGGAUAUUUUUUGGUGUGGAAACACUAUCGGGCGUCCUUGCUGGAUCCCUUGUCUCUGGUGUACAGAUUGCUAUUUCCGCUUCCAACACUGGCGGUGCUUGGGAUAAUGCCAAGAAGUAUAUUGAGGCUGGUGCUUCAGAGCAUGCAAGAACCCUUGGUCCAAAAGGAUCUGAUCCACACAAGGCAGCUGUGAUUGGUGACACCAUCGGGGACCCACUUAAGGAUACAUCUGGACCAUCAUUGAACAUCCUUAUCAAGCUAAUGGCAGUUGAAUCACUUGUGUUUGCUCCUUUCUUCGCUACACAUGGGGGUCUGCUCUUCAAGAUUUUUUAGAGUAAGAGGAGUAAUCUGUACCGCUGGGAAUUUGCUCCCAGUUUCCCUUUGAUUUAUGUAGUCUGAUAGUCGUUUACACCCCAAAUUUCUUACUUCCCUCUCUCUCUCUCUUCGGCAUCUUCCUUUAUCUUUGUAUGGGUUAAGGUUGUGUUGGAGGAGAGUUUUUUCCAUGGGGUUGAUAAUGAUGAUAAUGGUUAAUCUUUUGUGGGGUUGAUAAUGACGAUGAUGAUAGUGGUGAUGUUGCAAAAAGUUGGGACUGCUUUGUUUUUCUUCCCCCAAGUAAAAAAACAUUAUUCUCAA